AUGGAUGUGAAGGAGAUGGCCUUUGACCAGACAGCCAACCCGUUUGAGCGGAUCACGGAGCGGCUGAUCACGAAGCGCGUCGCCGACCUGGAAGAGCAGAACAGGGAGUCUGUGUCGCUGUGGGGGGUCGUUCUGGGUAAAAUCGCCAAGGUCCUUCGCGACGUCCCCCUCAUCAAGCACUGCAUUGGGCCGCCCGACGAGGCCACCGCGCAGAUCAACCGGCUGACCGCGCAGCAGCGCGCCGCCACGAGCUACGCAGAGUGGCACGAGACCAGCGUCAAGCUCGACGCCCUGAUGGAGAAGGACGUGUGGAAAAAACAAGAGGAGAGCGACCUGUACGACUGGCAGCUGGUCAAGAUGCGGCUGCUGGAGCUGCGCGAGGCGCGUCUGAACAACGACUACUCGCGAAUGCUCUAUCAAAUCCGCACAACGUGGACCAGAAACAUGGCCAACAUGGACAACAUCAACCUGUACCGCCACUCCUUUGUUGGCACGAAAAAGCUGAUUGAGGAGUACAUCCUGGAGUGCCAGCAGUGUCUGGCGGCUCUUACCCGGCAGGACUGCCCGCUGGACGACACGUACGUGCUGGCGAUGCUGAUGCAGACGCGCAAGAACUACGGCCGUGUGGCCAUCACGAUGAGCGGCGGCAGCUGUUUCGGGAUGCUGGGCAUGGGCGUUUUCUCGACGCUGCUGGAGCUCGACCUGCUGCCCAAGAUCGUGUCUGGCUCGAGCUCCGGCUCGAUCCUGAGCUCCAUCAUCUGCUCCAAGACCACGCCCGAGAUCCUGAGCCUGCUGGAGUCGAUCACGUCCAGUAAGUUCGAGGUGUUCGGCAAGGACGACAACCCGGAAACGUUCCUUACGUGUCUGGCCCGGCUGCUCAAGUACGGCACCUGGUUCGACAACUCGCAUCUGCGCGCCACCAUGAGAGAGAUCCUCGGCGACCUCACUUUCCGCGGAGCGUACAACAGAACGGGCCGGAUCCUCAACAUCACCGUGUCGCCGGUGUCCGUGCACGAGCAACCCACGCUGCUCAACUAUCUCACCGCGCCCAACGUGCUCAUCUGGUCCGCCGUCUGCGCCAGCUGCUCGCUGCCCGGCAUCUUCCCGUCGUCGGCAAUCUACGAAAAAAGCGUGAAAACAGGAGAAAUCCACGAAUGGUCUGACACCAUGGUCAAGUUCCUCGACGGCUCGGUCCACUCAGACCUGCCCAUCAGACGACUGUCCGAGAUGUUCAACGUCAACCACGUGAUCGCGUGCCAGGUCAACCCGCACGUCGUGCCGUUCCUCAAGAUGUCUGUGCAGUGUGUUGGCGGCGAGAUCGAAAACGAGUACAGCGCAAAACUGAAACAGAUCCUCAACAACACGUGCGAGCUGCUCACCGCAGAGGCCAUUCACUACUUUGAGCUCGCCGCAGAGCUCGGCGUCGCCACCAACUUCUCCACGAAAAUGCGCCAGAUCCUGUCGCAGCCGUACUCGGGCGACAUCACCAUCCUGCCCGAGAUCCGCUUCAACGAGAUGAACAAGCUGCUGGUCAACCCGACCCCGGAGUUUCUGCUCGACGCUCUCGUGCGAGGCGCCCGCGCCACAUGGCCCAAGAUCUCCAUCAUCAAGAACCACUGCUCGCUCGAAUUCGCGCUCGACAAGGCCAUUUCCCAGCUGCGGUCCAAACUUAUUUCCACCCCCAGCAGACAGCUCACAUACUUGCCUGUCUCGCUCAUCAACCACCUCGAAAACCCUGCCCACAGCACAGAACAGAGCAAGCCGCGCAAACGCCGCGCCCACCAGCGCCGCAGGUCCGAGUCUUUGGCCGUCGGCAGCCUCAGAGAACAGAGAAUGCGCUCCAAUACCAUCUUCCCUUCACGCAGAUCAACUGCCACGUCCACGCCGCUGAAACGGCAGAUCCGGCGCCAUCCAAGCAUCCCGCUGCUGGCGUCAGAGACCCAGAGGUCGCUGCCGACGUCGCCUUACGCCGCGAAAUCCAAAGGAGCCGCCGUCCACCGCUCAAGCAGCUGGCUGUCGACGUCCUCCUGCGGAACUCCCAAGACGGGCAUUUUCAACGACACCGGCGCGUCGCUGCCGAACUCGACGCAAUCGGUGAUGGAACUGCGCUCGGCAGACGGCUCGGUCGGCCAGGACGACGUCAAGAAUACGCUUGACUACCCGUGCUAG